GAGCCGGCUUUUGUUGGCGGUGAGGAACCCAGCUGAAGAUGUUAUCCAGCAGUUCAAGGCUUCAGCUGAUGGCUGUUGUUAGUGUGAUCAUCCUGAUGUUAUCAUUAUUAUAUUUCACCAAUUUGUGCAACUGUCCUGGAGAGCUGUUUUCCACUACACCGAAACUAAGGUCAUCUCUCCCCAGGAACCUCUCCUUGCCGGGUCAAUGCACCUGCCCUGCUGGCUCACAGCUUCUUAAAAAUUACAUCCCCGAGGAUGAAUAUGAGGACUUAGUUCAACGGCGAGCUAAGGAGUUCCAGCAGUACAAAACCAGGACGGCUUCUGUACUAUCCAGACUACUGUUUGCUUUGCCCAACUCUCCUCUGCAGUAUCCUAUUCAGGGUUAUGUAGUACGGCCUUUGACCUCUACUCUCAUACCAGGUUUAGGGCUGCAUGCAGAAAAAAGAAGCAGCUACAAGGUGACAUUAAGUGUUUCUAAAGGCAUCCUAACCACACAUACUCCACCAGAAGAGGCAAUGGUCAAAGGUUCUGGUGAGAAUAAACUGAUUAUCGAGUCCAGCAGCCUACUGACCCUGAAUGAUUUGCUGGCCAAAGUGUCCUAUACCAGCAGUGAAUACCAUAUAAAUACUGGAGACCUCGCCACUUUCCAGUUUGAAAACGAUGAAGCUGUGUUUCCCAUUGCUAUCAAACAGCCUCAAAUACCAGUCCUGUAUGACAUGGGCACAGAUAUCAACUCUCAAGUCACCAUCGCCACGAAGACCUUCCUGCGCUAUAAACAACUGAGGGUGUUGGUGGACAGCAUCCGACAAUUCUACAGCAACAUAAACAUCAUUAUUGCAGAUGACAGCUUAGAACCAGAGAAAAUUACUGGAGAAAACAUCCAACAUUACAUCAUGCCUCCAGCACAGGGGUGGUUUGCAGGCAGAAAUCUGGCUGUUUCCCAGGUAACCACCAAGUACUUCCUGUGGGUCGAUGAUGACUUUUUGUUCACUGAGAAGACGAAGAUAGAGAAGCUUGCAGAAGUGAUGGAGGCGGUCCCUGAACUGGACGUGGUGGGUGCGUCAGUAAAUGGGAAUAGGUUUCCCUUUGCUCUUGUAUAUGAGGAAGGAGAGGAAAAUGAAGGUGGCUGCCUAUCCAGGAAGUUUAGGAAAUUUCAACCACUUCCUGGAUACCCACAAUGCACUGUGGCCAAUGGAGUUGUCAACUUCUUCCUGGCUCGCACAGAUGCCGCGCAGAGGGUGGGCUUUGACCCUAAGCUCCAAAGACAAGCGCAUUCAGAGUUCUUCAUGGACGGUCUGGGCACUUUGCUUGUUGCCACAUGUGGUGAUGUGGUGAUUGGCCAUCAACCCAAGACGGCAGACAACACGGUUCCUGAGUACAGAAAAUUCAGAUACCCCGGAAGAUCUGACACCGAGUUCAAACUGAAGCUUCACUUUUUCAAAAACCACCUUAAGUGCAUCAAAUAUUGAUAAAUGCCACAAAAGACAUCUAUCUGACUGGUUUUUGUCAUUAAUCAUUUUAUGUUUCCUUCAAUUUGGUUGUUAUUACUUGACCCUUAAUGAUUAAUGUUCCUCAGUAUCCUACAGGGUGCUGAUUAUUGCAGCCACAGUUAUUUUCCUAAAAACCUUUUGCAGCAUGUGCGAAGAGUCUGUCAUAAAACUGUUAUUACAUAUACCUGCAUGUCUUCAAGUGCGUAUAUGGAAAACCUUGUGUAUUCUUAGUGGCUAUGCAGACUACACUACGCCACUGGAUACGGGGCUCUGAAGACUAUCAAACAGAAACUGAAGCUUUGAUUUCAUUCAGGUGUUUAAUUUGAUGUUUAGAGAAAUGUGAAAAGUGAAAUGUCACUGCUGUUUGUGUUAACACUUGUUUCAAAUUUUUUAUUACUGUUAUUACUGUUUAUUACUGUUAUGUGUUUAAUUUGCUUCUAUUAUCAACAUUCUGUUGUUUUACUUUGAUUUUUUAAAUUUAUUUAUUUAUUUUUGUAAAUUUUGUUUCUUUAAUCCCAGUAUGUGAAGAUCUUUAGGUUGCAUGUUUUUUAUUUUAAAUCAAAAGGUUCCAUAAAGAUAGUUGUGCUGUUUUUUUUUUUGUUUGUUUGUUUUUUUGUUUUUUGUUUUUUUUGGGGGGGGGUUGCAUUAUUCAGUUUCUUAGGCUUUGUUUUAAAUAUACUGCUUGUUUUUUGUGUUUGCUGUCCUGUGUACAGUUCUCUACAUAAUAUUCUUUUAAUAUGGGUAAAUAUUUUGCCUUGGGGUCUGUUUUUAGUGUUCCUU